AUGGCCUUCUCAGGUGCACUAACACUGACCGACCUCAACGACUAUUUGGGACCCUCGCAAGCAUGCAUCAAACCAGUCGAAGGAACAGAUGCACCAACAGACCAUCACACCAGCUCAUCCGACCAAAUCCAUUCCGCAGCAACCGCUUCAACGCAGAUCGCGAUCGAUCGUGACGGUUCAUACUACGAAUCAACAAGUGCCAGCACUUCUGCUGCUGCUGCUGCUGCCAGUGGAAGCAAACCACGAGAGCGAACCAAACUCGAAACAGCCCAAAUCUCUCUCAACGAUUGUCUGGCUUGCAGUGGAUGUGUCACCAGUGCAGAGAGCGUUCUGAUUACCAUGCAGAGUCAGGAAGAGCUUCGUCGCGCUGUUGCAGAGAUUCACAGUUCAACAAGGCCUAAAUUGCUUGUUGCUUCGAUUAGCACACAGUCUUUGGCAUCUCUUUCCGCCAAGUAUACUUUCCAGCAGAAUCAGCAGCAAACAUCAUCAUCACCAUCAUCAUCCGAGUCAAAUCAGGCAGGGCUUUCGACACUACCGCUACCUGUUCUUCUUCACCGCAUCUCGUACUUUCUCAAAACCGUCUUUCAGUUCGACCACGUCUACGAUACAACCUUUGCACGCCAUAUCGCACUCAAGGAGCACGAGCGAGAGUUCUUCCAGCGUCGAGCCAACUCACACAAACAUGCCAAGCUCAACAACGACGCCGCCACAAGGUCCCACGAGCCCACACUGCCCAUGCUUGCGAGCGCAUGUCCAGGAUGGAUCUGCUAUGCUGAAAAGACCCUCGGAGAGCUGCUUCCCUACGUAUCAACAACAAAGUCACCGCAGCAGGUAGCAGGUGUCAUUGCAAAGCGUUUCCUUCCGCACAGAUUAGGACUACAGACGCGGCCGAGUAGCAGCACAGACGACCCUGCUUCAUCCCAACCAAACAUUUACCACCUCACCGUCAUGCCUUGUUACGAUAAGAAGCUCGAAGCUUCCCGCCCUGAUUUCUACGACGACAUCACCAACACAAAGGAGGUCGAUUGUGUGCUCACCACUGGCGAGCUCGAUAAGCUGAUGCUCGACCAAGGCUUCGAUCUUUGCGCCCCCGUGCCUGGCGAGCAAGAGACCAUGCAGCAGUCGCUUGCCGAUCUCAGUCUUGAGCAAGCACUCGGCCGUGGCGCUUCCGAGCCCAACGCAAAUACAGUCGCCAUCCUCCCUCAUUUCCCAGAGCUGCUCGAUCAGCCUGGAAGCAGCAGCGGCGGUUAUCUCUUCAAUCUGAUGCGUGCUGUCUGGCUCGAUUGGAUCUCACAGCACUGGCAUCAGUUCCCGGAAUCAGUUCGCCAGCGAGGUCUUGUUCCCAAGCUCGACGUUCGAGUCAUUCGUACCGCCGACUUUACCGAGUUCAUCCUUCGUGCGCCUGCACAGCUCUCUUUGGAUGUAGAUCCCCAGACCAACUUGUCUUGGAACAUUCUCUUCCGCGGCGCACAGUGCUAUGGCUUCCGCAACUUGCAAAACCUCGUUCGAAAGCUGCAAAAGCAGACCGGAGCACGCAACACACGCCGAGCAGCAGGCAGACUAGUCGAUCCAGAUGGCAAUCCAGUUGGAGCUGGACCAGGUCGCAAUCGGGCAGCAGCACGUGCACGUGCUCGUGGACGUGGCGGAAUGAUUAGAAGAGGUCGAGGCAAUGCUGCCGUCAGCAAGAGCAGUCCGUUUAACCCAGAUGCACCGCAAGAGGCAACGAUUGCAACCACUGCAACCACUGCAACGACUACAACAACUCGGCUCACUCCAGCACAGGAAGAAGAAGAAGAAAAAGAAGAAGAAGAAGAACGCGGAUACGACUACGUCGAGGUCAUGGCUUGUCCCUCAGGCUGUGUCAAUGGCGGUGGACAAAUCCGACCUCCCACCGUCGACGCAACACAGAGCAGCACCACCAACGACACGCUCGACCCGGAAGGCUACUCGAAAGGUGGCUGGGCAGCCCAACAAACCAACGGCACAGACCACCUCGAGUUGAUGCUCCACAACAAGAAAAACCCCUCCAGUCAACGCGGCAAGCACGACGACGAUCACGAUCCCGAGAUCAUCGACGGUACCAAGCAGAAAGAAAUCAAAGGUUGGCAGGGCACCACCAAGGAAUGGGUUCGACGUGUUGAAGAGGCCUACUGGCAAGGAUCGAGUGUUGCCCACACACCUCUCAAUGUUGCUACGAUCAACAAGGACGUUGCAGCUGGUGAUUCGGCUGCCUCAACACCGACGCUGCCUGGCAGUGGAAGCAAUACACCACUGUCGAGCAGCAAUGCCAAGUCGAUCCGUACAGAAGUACAUCAACGAUUGUUCGAGUCGCUUGCUGUUUUGCACCCUCCCGAGCAGAAGCAGGCUACAAAGAUCAAAGCAUAUGCAGACCUCCUCGCCGAGUUGGUGGUUCAAGAGCUUUCCCACCUUGCUGCCUCAAACCUCGACAAGGUAGCACUCGACAAGGCAAGGAACAAACUCUUCCGUACCCAGUACAGAGCUGUUCAGGACGAAGCAGUCAAUGGACUUGCCGUCCAGUGGUGA